AGCUUCGAUUAGUGCGACGUGAGCAGUGCCAACGAGUGGAAGUAGAGAUAGAUUAUCCGCGAUACCGAUACGUUCCAAUUCGAUCCGCAGAGUGUUACCCACAGAAUUGAGCAGAACAGAAUAGAAUCGAACAAAACAUAUCAUGUCGAUAAGAAAGAGCUUGUUUAGCUGCCUGAUGGUGGCUCUAGUGAUGGCGAGGAUGCUCCGCUCCGUACGGGCGGACAUCGAGACAAACGAAGUGAACGAUCAAGAUGUGUACAUGCUUCAGGGAGUACGGGUGUAUCCGAAUGACCGCCAGUGCGUGCUGGUUGGAGGACUAUGCGUGAAGACUAGCGACUGUACGGAGCCAACCAACAACAAGGGACUGUGCCCCACCAGCGUCCACCAUGGUGUGGAAUGCUGCUACGAACUGCCGGUCCGACCAGCGCCCUGUGCGGAACACCUGGGAAUGUGCAUGGAUCGAUGCCACCAGAGGCUCUUGAGACCUGGUACCGAUUGCGGCAAUGGACAAGUCUGCUGUGUUUUGAUUUAUUUAUAAUCCUUUUACACACACACACAACACACAACACACAAACACACACACACUUCUACACACCAACACACACACUUACAUAUAAAAUGUAUUUAUUUAACUAUAUAUUAAUUAUAUUGUACGAUCCAUCACCCCGA